AUGACAAACAAGAAACUCAGCGAGAAAUUGCCGCAGCCAGGCGAAAGCGUUAUCACAAAGAAAGCCGAGUACGAGGUAGUGGUUGGUCGGAACUUGUGGGAUCUGAGAAUUGAGCGCCCCCAACAACGAUUCACAUUAAACACGUCACUGAAAAUUGCGGAACAAUGCCUUGAAUCAAUUGAGCAUUUGCACACGGUUGGAUUCCUGCACAGAGACAUAAAACCAGGCAAUUUCGCGAUUGGGCGACCGGAAGCAAACGAACAUCACACUGUUUUCAUGCUCGAUUUUGGACUGUGCAGGCAAUUCAGGUAUCAUCAAAUUUAUGAUGAAUUUUCAACAAUAAUGAAGUAUAUCGAUUCGCUAGAGUACGAAAGCAUCCCGGAUUACGAUCAUAUCUACUACUGUAUACAACACGCUGCCAAGGCGCAUCAUAUAGCACCGGACGAUCCGCUUGAUUGGGAUCCAGCACAUAAGUACCAUGGGCCAAUGAUAAAUCUCAACGAACGUCGAAACAGGAAAGACGAUAGGCACCUGGUCACCGCACGAACACAACGUUCCACUUGA